CCCAUGGUUCGCGGGGUCAAAGUUCGGGUAACAAAGGUUGGUUGUAAACAUUGUCGACUCCCUGCUUGCUCCAAACAAUGGCAGCUACAGCCAGCAGAUGUCUGUCCGUUUGUUUGUGUCUGGAAGACCCACUGGCCAACCUGCUACUGGUCAGUCAAGUAGCCAACGGAUCGGUCUUCGGGCGACAUCAGCCACUGUCGCUGACAUUACAUGCUGAUGGUACGGAUGAUCUUGACGAGCUAGAAAUGGAGAUACAAGACUGUUCAUUCCCUUUGGUGCAAGCAGGUGUGUCUAAACACCGAGACUUACAAGAGAUGCCAGAAGCUCCUCAACUUAUUGUGGUCAUCUUAAACAGACGAGAGUACAAGCCCUGGGGCUCGUCUGAUGGGCAGUUCCAGACACUGGUCAGUCUGGUCAUCUACAUGCACAACAUGGGCAACAUGCUGGAUGGUCGGAACCUGAGCAACACACAAAUUCUUGUAGUAGGAGAUCUUGCCCUGACUGCCGCCACUAUCCUGGCCAGCAAGCUUAGCCAGCUAUCAGCCAGACAACUUAUAGCGCUGGACGGAGAUUCUGAGAAGCCUGUGUCCUUACCCCACAAGAGUGAACAUCAUGGCAGGGUAGACAGGAUCACUGCAGCCAUCAAAGCUUGGUGGACUGGUCUUAAGACCUCACCACUUAGGAUGGGGACUAAAUUCUUCAGCGCUGAAAACUUCAAGCUGGGCUACUUUUUAUCAUCCCCUGUCAAGAUGGAAGCUCCCAGAAUGUUCUCAGUCAGCAGCCCUGGUCAUGUGACCUCCCCCCACAUGUCAGAGGUCAUGGCCACAACAGACACGGCUCAGCAGAUCUUCAACCAACUGGAGGGGAGUGUAAAUGGUGCUCAACCUUCUACACUGGCUAAACUCUGACACUCUGCUGAUAAAGAUGACUAAAAACUUUCUUCAUUUGUAUCCAGCUUUUUGAUAAAUAGAUGACAGGGGAGGUAAGGCUGUCUGAACACAAGAGUUGACAACUGCCCUUCUGUUCUGGCA